AUGUCUGAGACAAGAACACUUGCAGAAAAGGAGAUUCACAAUACUUUAUUAUAUUGUAAUUUCUUUAUCCGAAGAGUAGGACUAUCGUUUAUUGAUGAUGUACCAACCACUAAUCUACGUAAAAUUAUUGUACUUUCACAUUUUGUAAUUGCAACAUCUCUUGCAAUACUUAUAUUGAUUGGAGAACAAGGCUAUGUAGUUUAUUUACUGUCCAAAACGGUAUCUGUGGAACAGCUUCUUGAUGGUAAUUUACACGUUUUAGGGUACGGUAUAAUGAGUUUUGGGAAGCUGUUAACCCUUUGGUACAAGAAAAACACAUUUCGUCAAGUAGUCAAAGAAUUAGCUGAUAUUUGGCCUGUUGCUGAGAAAAAUCCUAAAGCAGUUGCUAUAAAAAACAGUAGUCUUAAAUCUUUGCGAUCUGUAGAAACGUUAUACGUCUAUUUGACUAUCAUAGGAGCGUGUUUUUAUAAUCUGACUCCAGUGGUCCUGCAUAUAUAUAGGUUAAUCAGAGGGAUUCCCACAGAUUUAGGCUAUGUAUGGCAGUUGUACUAUCCAUUUGAUAAAUCGAAGCCUGUUGUACACGAAUUUGUAUAUAUUUACGAAGUAUCCGCGGGAAUGGCAUGCGUGUUUUGCAUGGUGGGUUGUGAUGUAUUUUUUAUAACUAUGGCAAGUCAUAUCGGCAUGCUAUUACGUAUACUACAAGUCAAGAUUAGAAGUAUUGGCACAUCAGAUGGGGACACUGUUGUUAGAGGAUCACUUGAUUGUUAUGACGAGAUUGUUGCAGUAGUAAAGAUUCAUCAGAGAUUAAUCAAGUACGGCAAUGAUUUGGAGGAUGCCUUUGCUGUGGUGAACUUGAUAAACGUUCUUUUGAGCUCUGUUGAUAUUUGCUGUGUUAUGUUUAUUAUAGUAUUUCUAGAUCCCAUAUUGGAAGUGAGUAGUAAGUUUUUUCUCUGUGCUGCACUGACUCAAAUGGGAGUUGUAUGCUGGUAUGCUGAUGAUAUAUUUAGAACGAGCUUAGGCGUAUCGGAUGCGGUGUACGAGAGUGGAUGGUACAAUUGUGAUAUUCGGAGUCGACGUGCACUACUCCUCAUGCUGCAGAGAUCACAGAGACCACUUUAUUUCACUGCGUUAAAAUUUAGUCCCAUUACUCUGAAUACUUACACAUCGAUUCUCACGACGUCCUAUUCGUAUUUUACACUACUUUAUACAGCAUAUAGUCAAAAUUGA